ACAUGCGCUAAUCCGGACCAUUGAUUUAAACGGGCAGGGGGAUGUGAGGGACUCAAACCUGGUCAAGUUUGAAAUCCAAAGCCAGAAAACGGAAUUCUUCUGAGAGGAUGCGUGUAGUCUGGAUAUUUCUCCUGGUCAUUGAGGAGGGAUUUGCUCUGGCACAAAAGACUAAAGAUGGUGGAGCAGGAUCAAAAGGAGCUAAACCUUCUCAACAGCCACAGCAUUCUCGUCACUGUGGGAACUGGGUACGAAACACAGAUGGUGGCACCUUCAGCUCCCCCAACUACCCGAAUACGUACCCUCCCAACAAGGAGUGCCUUUACGUACUGGAAGCCCUGCCCCGCCAGAGAAUAGAGCUGCUGUUUGACGACGCCUUCUACAUCGAGGCGUCUUUUGAGUGUCGUUUUGACCACAUCGAGGUGCGGGACGGUCCAUUCAGCUUCUCGCCACUCAUCAAUCGCUUCUGUGGCUCAGCCAACCCAGGGCUCGUCCUCUCUAGCGGACGCUUCAUGUGGAUUCGCUUCUUCAGUGAUGAAGAGCUGGAGGGGAUCGGCUUCCAGGUCCAGUACAGCUUUACUGCAGACCCUGAAUUUCAUCUGCAUGUGGGAGGACUUCUAAACCCUAUCCCAGAUUGUCAGUUUGAGCUGUCCGGGGCUGACGGCCUGAUCCGUUCCAGUCAGGUGGAGGAGGAGUACAAAGUGAGGCCAGACCAGGCAGUGGACUGCAUCUGGACUAUACGAGCCCCAACAAACAACAGGAUUUACCUGCGAUUCUUGGAAUACCAGAUGGAAAACUCAAAUGAAUGUAAGAAGAACUUUGUGGCUGUUUAUGAUGGCAGUAACGCCAUUGAGGACCUCAAGGCCAAGUUUUGUAGUACAGUAGCUAAUGACAUCAUGCUGGACACUGGUGUGGGAGUAGUGAGGAUGUGGGCUGAUGAGACAAGCCGUCUCAGCCGUUUCCGUAUGCUGUUCACAUCUUUUGCUGACCCACCCUGUGCAGGAAGUGCGUUCUUUUGCCACAGUAACAUGUGCAUCAACACUUCUCUGGUGUGCAACGGCAUACAAAACUGUGUCUUUCCCUGGGAUGAGAGCAACUGCAAAGAGAAAAAGAACAAAGGUGUUUUUCACCAGAUCACAAAGACCCACGGGACAAUAAUCUGUGUGUCUACGGGAGUGGUGCUGCUGCUCCUUAUUGUCUCCAUCCUGGUGCAAGUCAAACAGCCACGAAAAAAGGUGUUGGUCCGCAAGAAUAAUCUGUUUCAGCGGGGCGACUUCCAGGAGGUGUUUGAUCCUCCGCAUUAUGAGCUUUUUACCCUCCGAGACAAGGAGAUCUCUGGGGACCUUGGGGAGUUAUCAGAGGAACUCCAGUCCCUGCAGGCGCUCAGGAGAUCCUCAUCAGGCUCACGCUGCAUACACGAGCACCACUGUGGCUCUCAGGCCUCUGUCAACUCCAUCAAAGCCAGUCAGGGUGCACAUGGACUGGGAAGGGGAUCCAUGGAGCUUCCCCCUUUCAGAGGGGACUUCCAGAGCACCUUACCUCCCUUCAGGGACUUGAACAGCAGUCUGCGUAAGAAGAGCUGGCCUAGUAUGAAACCAGGCCGAAUGCAGGGCCAUCACAGUAUGGGGGAUAGAGCAGUGGGACGGCAGGAUAGAGUGAUGGAGGAGGAUGAAGAGGAGGAGGAGGAUGCAAGAUAUGAUGUGUAUGUGCGCAGAGCAGGAAGCCGAAGAGGGAACUAUGAAAUGGCCCAGCAAAGAUCCUUGUCCAUGGACUUCUGAGAAGAAAAGACAAGGUUGGCACCAUUAGUACUACAGCAGCAACUUUUCAAUCACUGCCACAGUCACACAUUUACAGGAAAGAGGAGAGGAAGAAAAGAGACUGCAGAGAGGGUGUGUCUCACUUAAAUCUGACAGAAGAGAAUGCUGUGUAUUCUUGUGAUUAAUGUAUUUUGUUAAAAACAUUUUACUGUAAAGAAAAUAGAUUAAGAAUAUUUUAAGAGGAAGCAUGAUAACAUUUUCAGCAAACAGUGGAAAAAUCACUUCCCAGUUUUUGUUCAAUCUAUUAUUACCUGUGCUAAAGAAUAACCAUCUACAUUUCCAUACCAUUGGUUUAGGAAAAGUCUUAUCUUGCAUUUGGUAUUAAGUCAGUUUUAAAACCCUCUGAUGCCAGGGUUGAACUUUUCAACUGUUCAUACUCCACAUGCGUGGUCUCAAACUCUGGAUCCUUUUGUGUAGUGUGUAAAGCAGUCAGAAAAAUAACACAGGAGGCUAUAAAAAUUUACAAAUCUUUAGCUCUUAGUAGUCUAUGUGAUAUUUUGACCAUUGAUUUGAUACUGAAGGGUUUUAAUACUGGAGGUGAAAUGACUAUUUACAGCUCUUAGUAGUCUACGUGCUAUUUUUACCAUUGUUUACAGCUGAGCAGUCGCGUGUGCUUCUAAAGGGUGUGUCACACAGGUAUGCUGGAGUUUCACCUUUAAGGCUGAUUGCAAAAAUAUAGUUCUGUAUCAUCCAACUCUCCACUGGCACUCCUAUCCCAUCAAACACUAGAAAACUCUGUUUAAUUUUCUUUUUUGACUGUAGACAGACUUUCCAACAAACUUUGGAUUUUAGAUUAUUGUUGGUUAGCAAGACCAAUAUUUAGAAAAGAAAAAAUGUAAUCAGAGUGAGUGCCAGUAAUGUAAUUGAAAAAGGAAUUGAACUAAUUUAGUUGGAGGUUAGUUUGCAGUGUUUCCUUGUAGGUUUUUUUGUCAUCAUAAUAUAGGACCACAAAUUAGCAUGGGCACCUUUGACAGGUGGCUAUAACAGACAGUUUUUAAUUUGUUGUAACCCUCUGAUGAUGUCAAUGAAGAUCAGAGAAUUAAUUUGUGGAAAUUGUUCAUAUACUGGAAUUAGAAAAGUGAGAAGUGUCAAAAAUGACCACAAAUGUAUGUAUUGCUUUACCUUUUCUCACACAGGCACAGCUUUGUGGUCACUGUGCCAUACUGCAUAAAUAACCUUGGAGCCGGAGGACAGAAAAUAUUUAGAAAUCCAGAGUCAUUUCUAGGCCACAGCCUUGCAGUUUAGUCAGCAAAUCUGUAGGGUUCAUUCAUCAUAUUCAGAAAAUUCACUGGGCAGAUAAUUAAUGGAGCAACUACGCGUACACAUAAACACAUGAACAUGCAGUCUUGUUGCUACAGGAUGGGUGCUGUUUAUGCCAGUGAACCCUGUCGUGCAGUUCAUUUUUUUAGUAUAGCCUGAUAUGUUCAAGAAUGAACAAUAUGAUAUAAGGUUUACUCUGGUUGGCUACUUCAUACAUAUGACCAAAAGAUGAUCAAUCAGUGAUAAAUACUAUUAAUAGGUCAUUGAUAGUGACUUGCACUGGACUGACCAAAUGGUUUUAUUAUCAGGAACAAGAUUUUUCAGAUUUUUUCAAAUCUUUGUCUUGUAGACAUACUGUAUAUUUGCUGAGUAGGACUGCUUUUUAGGAACACUUUUGUUCAUCACAACAUCUAUGAAUAGGAAGUAGAUCUCAUGCACAUCAGAUAAUGAAUCUCCAAGGAAACUAUAAUUAGGUGACCAGGUGUGGAGGAUGCAGGCUGUGUGGAUUUUUAUUACAGUAAAGCGACUCAACGCACUUCUGGAUCUGAGAUAAUAGUUAUCAUACAAAGGUGUUUGUUAAUCUUGCCUCAACUGAAUCACAUUAAAACACAUUGAAAAAAUAAUGUUUUUGACAGACAUAUUUCAAAUCUAUCUCUGUGUGUUAUUCCUGUCUGAUCAGUCUGAACAGUGCAGUUGUUAGAUUUUGUUUUUUAUCAUAUGCAACUCAAACCCAUGUAGCUAGCCAUAUAGCCUUCAGCAGAUGAGUUGUGCACAUCACGUUUGCUUUAAAGUACAGCAGAUAAACUGGCGAUCACAGGUUGGCUUGCAGUCUUUCAACAUGCUACAACGUUGUCAUGGAGUUUGAGAUACUACAGCUUGAGAAUGUGCUGAUCUUUGUGCCUGCGCGUGUGUGUGUGUGUGUGA